AUGCAUCAAGUGGUUAUUCGCAGCGAUCAUAUCACUGAGAUUGUGGAUAGAGUUUUGGCUAACUGUAAAAAUGUCUUGCCCAAAAGACGGUAUAUCAUUUCACUAGCAGGGAUCCCAGGAGCCGGUAAGUCCACCUUAUCGUCGUUAGUAGCUCAGCAACUUAACCAGACGGUUAAAACUAUCGUAUUACCACAGGAUGGGUUUCAUCUCUACCGAUGGCAAUUGAAUGAUAUGCCCGAUAGUGAAGAAGCCAUCAGACGCAGAGGAGCUCCAUUUACUUUCAAUGCUAAAGCAUUUGUACAGUUGAUCAGUCAAUUGAAUGAUCCCGUCUAUUCGCAGCAUAUUAUUAAUGCUCCUUCGUUUGAUCAUAAACUCAAGGAUCCUAUUGAGGAUGAUAUCCAUAUUGAGCCUGAUGUUCAAGUGAUUAUUAUAGAGGGUAACUAUGUAUCGUUAAGAGAUCCUGACUGGCGAGAUAUUCAUCAGUAUGUGGAUGAGUCAUGGUUUAUACAGACAGAUAUAGAAGUGGUUAGAGAUAGAAUAAUUAAACGACAUUUGGCAGCAGGGAUUGCCAAUAAUUUAGAGGAAGCUACUGAGCGAGCUGAUGGUAGUGAUCUUGCCAAUGCCAAAUACAUUCUUGCUCACUCUGCUCCCGCUGAUGUUGUAAUAGUUACGCCAUAG